AUGACUGCGGAAAUCUCAAUCGCUCCUGUAUACACGGGCGUGCAGCAGCAUGCCGGCGUCUACUACCAGCCGCAACAAAUCUCACCUCGUAGCGCGCAGACCGGCUUCAUGUCGCCGACCAACAUUUCUCCAACGUCUCCUCGCGCUUCAAAUAAUACCCUCCACAAUCUUCAUGCGCACUCGCGCCAGUUGCGGCCCUUGAAGUCGCCUCUCUAUGUUCCUGCCGUGUUGCGACCGACCGAGAAGCCCACCAUGCGGCGACAGGGUGGACGAUCGCCGCCACAGCAGCCUCAGCAGCAGCAGCAGCAGCAACAGUACCAGUACCAGCACCCCUUGACUCCACCGCACAGCAAGCACAGCAGCACCGACAGCCUCAACGGCGAGGCGGCCGCCAAGCGUGCCCCUCUGACGCGAAGCUUCAGCGACUUGGCGCAAACCAAGCGCAGCAUCUUCGAAGACGAGCGACUCAACGACAUGGCCUUUGGCGAAGUCACCGGCCUCCCCACCCGCGAACACUGGAAGCCCGACGCAUCAGCACCCAGCUGCGACGCGGCGUCAUGUCAUAAACCCUUUACGCUCUUUGGCCGCCGUCACCACUGUCGGCGCUGCGGCAACAUUUUCUGCUCCAACCACUCGCCCUAUACCAUUCCCUUGGACCAGUAUGCCCGCUUCCACCCGGACGGCAUCCGCUCGCGCGCUUGCGACAAUUGCUGGCAGGAAUACGGCCGCUGGGAGACUGCCCGCUGCAGCCGCAGCAACAGCGAGUCGUCCGAGUCGUCGUCGUCGUUGGGAAGAUCCCAUGGUGUUCCCAGCGAAAUCCCUACCUCGGGCAUCGGCCACCGUGCCGCCCUCGCCAACAUGCUCGGUCGACAGGGCCACGGCGCGGCGGCGGCCGCCGUAGUCGGCGGUCGUACCGAUCUGGGCGACUUUGAAGCCACGCAAAAGUACGGCAGCGUCUCGGCCAGCGUGCCCCGCGACUGGAACUGGAGUACCUUUUAA